AGUGAGCUCUGCCUGGUAACCAGUGGACUAAGGUAUCUCACUGGAAGUUUGGGGAGCUGCAAGGACCAAUUCUGACAAGUGUUUCCGCUCCAAACGCAAUUCCAGAACGGAGCUGAGAGACCAACCGGCGAGACCCUCUCUGUCUCCAGAGGUAUUGUGAUUGCAGAUGAGGGGGCUAUGGGGGAACCCCCCAAUUACCUCUUGCUAUUGAUCCUGGAGUCAUUGGCUUUCCAUGAGAGCCAGGCUGUAUCCCCAUGGGGUCUCCCCGUUUGGGAAGACCAGCCGAGCUCACAGUUUCAGCCUGCAAUGGAAGAAUUGGCAGCCUCAGCUCAGGCGCCUAGUUACUGGUCAGAAGGCUCUCAGUCUCUGCACUAUUUCUUCUUGACGAUGUCCAGUUCCAGCCUGGAAGUGCCCAACUUUGUGUCCGUGGGGUACGUGAACGAUGAGCUCUUCAUUUGGUACGACAGUAGGACCCAUCUGGCAGAGGCCCGGGCCCCUUGGAUGUCAGCGAUGAAGGCUGAGUAUUGGGAGCGGGAGAAUCAAAACCAGAGGGCCUGGGAAAAAGUGCAGAGAGCAGAGAUCCAGGCCAUCAUGAGAAACCUCAAUCACAGUGGGGGGAGUCACAGCAUUCAGAGGAUGUUCGGCUGUGAGAUCCACGAGGACAACAGCACCAGUGUAUUCUGGCAUUUUGGUUAUGACGGGGAAGAUCACCUGACCCUGGAUCUGGACACACUCACCUGGAUCAGUGCUAACCCCUUAGCCCAGGACACCAAGAAGUGGAGCGAGCAAGAGGUCUGCUAUGCCCAGUAUAACAAGGCCUACCUGCAGGGGCUGUGUCUCACCUCUCUCCUCCGAUACCUGGAGUUGGGCCGAGGACGCUUGAAUCGAAAAGUGCCCCCUGUGGUACGAGUGACACGUCACCUGGCCCACAACGGGGAGCCUAUGUUGAGGUGCUGGGCCCAUGGCUUCUACCCGCGGGACAUCCGGCUCAGCUGGUGGUGGGACGGACAGGAGCUGACCCAGGAGACGGAGCAUGUGGGGAGCCGGCCCGGAGGGGAUGGGACCUACCAGAGCUGGGGGGCUGUGGAGGUCCCCUCUGGGGAGGAGCACAGAUAUACCUGCCGGGUGGAACACCUGGGGCUGGAGCGGCCCCUCACCGUCACCUGGGAGCCGCCAAUUGACCCCAGCCCAAUCUUCACUGGUGCCGUCGUUGUCCUGGCCCUCUCCAUCGUGGCUGCCGUGACCUGGAUGAGGAGGAAGAGGAGGAAAAGGCCAGUCUCAGGGGAUCCCGUGGGAGAAGGCGAGGGCCACGAGAGAGGGGCCUUCCUAGAGACAUGUGCCACCCCCACUGAACCAAUGCAACCAACGCCAGGCCCUCCUGCGUGCUAGGGGGGAGACCUGGGUGGCGACCAAGUCCUGCCCUCUUCUGUUCUCUGUUCUGCCCCUGCUGCACCCUCUACUUCUCGGAACUCUGUUCCUUCCCAGUACUUUUCACUUUUUUUAAUGUCUGUCUCCCCGGCUAGAUUGUAAGCUCCUUAAGAGCAAGGAUAUGUCUGCUUAUGCUAUUGGACUCACAAGUGCUCAACAGAUCUUUUUGCUCAACGAUUAUCAUGCAGAUUGAGCCCCCUUGGCAGCACUUGGAAGAACACCCGUCGUUCACUUAGCUGCACACUGAACUGAUUUCAAAGCAGUCCCUUGUGAUACGAUGUCACAGGGGUGCGAUUUGCAUGUGGUUGAUCCCCGAGGUUGUCUGGGGCCCUAUCAAGACUACCAACCUCAAGGCGAAGGGGUUCAAUUAGUUACCUUCCUACAUGGUGCCUCCCCGUCUUCCACUGCCACUUGCCUCCUGAGUUACCUUGAGCAAGUCACUGAACUUCUCUGGGCCUCGGUUUCCUCAUUUCUAAGAUGGAGAUAAGAUUCUGGUUCUCCUUCCCACUUGGACUGUAAGCCCCAUAUAAAACUGUCUGAUCUGCCUAUAUUAUGUCAAUUACACCACUUAGACUGUAAGCCCGUCAAAGGGCAGGGACUGUCUCUAUCUGUUACCGAUUUGUACAU